UUUUAACAAUUAUAAAAAAUUUUCCACAAAGUAGCAAAUUUAAAACUUCAAAUUUAGAGACAUCUUCUUAGUUCAUAAAUAUCGUGUUCACUGAAUUUGUGAUCGGCUGUUAUUAUUAACACUGUUCGAUUAUUAUCGUAAUUUUUGACGUUUGAGACGUUGAUGUCUUAGACGCUAUUCUACAAAGAUCGAAUUUUGAGCAAAGAAGUCAUGGAACGUAUUUUUUUCUUCGUGGAACCAAAUUGAAGUUUGAACUUGCAAACUUAUUAUUUGUAUCAUUUAUUAAUAAUAUGAAUUAUUUGUAAUUAAUACUGUUGAAAAAAAAAUCAUAUCUCACAAUCUGCGUUUGGAUAGGAGGUAUGGGAACAAACUUGGCAAAAGAUCUUGAUCAAAAAGCAAAAAUUGAAAAAAAGGUUUCGUGUCAUGAAGAAGAUUCUUAUGUUCAAAAGUCUGCGGAAACGCAUUCCCAAGUUAAAAAACCUACCUUAAGAGAUCACCAGUUAAAAAGAUCUAUUGAAAGAGGACGCAUGGGAUCAAACUUGGUGAUAGAGCGCGACCGAAUAUCAAAAAGUGAAGAUCCUGCAUUUUGUUACGAUCAAGAUUCCCAUUUUAAAAAGUCUUCUGACUUAUAUUCACAUAGUAAAAGUUGGACCGAAAGAGACUACCAGUUAAAAAGGUCUAAUGAAAGAGAUUCCCAGAUAAUAAAAUCUACUGAGAGAAAAAGCAGUGUAAAAACUGAUGAGCUUCGAAGAUGGUCUUUGAGAGGAAGUUUUUCAAAACGUGGUAGCCAGAUGGGUAAAACAUCUAGUAAAUUGCCUCCGAAAGAAAUCACUGAUCUCCUUAAUCUCACACAUUUUACAGAACAAGAACUUAAAGAUUGGCACAUCGGUUUUAAACGGGACUGUCCAGAAGGAAGGUUGUCAUUGCAGCAGUUUACGGACAUAUACAGUAAAUUUUACGGAACAACAGAGGCUAAGAAAUUUGCGGAGCAUUUAUUUAGAACAUUUGAUACUAACCACGAUGGCACAAUAGAUUUUCGUGAGUUUAUGUGCUCUUUAUCGAUUACUACAAGAGGUACAAUGGAAGAAAAGUUACGCUGGGCGUUUAUGGUAUACGAUGUUGAUGGCAAUGGUUCAAUAACUUCAAAUGAAGUUUUAGCGAUUGUUAAGUCUAUUAAAAAAAUGAUUGGAAAUAUUAACGAUAAAAAUGCUAGCGACGAGAGAAUUUUAUCUUUAUUUUCAAAAUUCGAUAAAAAUCACGACAACAAACUAUCUUUACAAGAGUUUGUCGAAGGAGCACAAAACGAUCUGACAUUUGUAAGAAUUUUACAAUCAAACGAUUAAUGCUUUUUAUUACUAUCAAAAAAGACAAAAAGAAAAUUUGAUUUUUUAAGGUUUUAAAAAAUGGUUUUUAAAAAAUGGUUAAAUCCGUCAUAAAAUGUAUAUAUGGCUCAUGUAUUGGAUUUUAUCAAAGUUAUUGUCGGAAUUUAAUUGGCACAAAUGAGAAAAAUAUUACUAGAUCCAUUGAUGUUACCGCUGUUCUCUGAUGAUACCGCUGUUUUGAAAGAUCUUAUGUUUAAGAUAAACUCAAUAAAAUUUGAAGUUUGCGCUUCAUUGUUUCUUAUUUAUUAUUCAUGAUUUACUAAAUGUUUUUGCUAA